AUGGCAGCGACAAUGGUGAUCCCCACCACCACCACCACCACCACCACCACCACCACCACCAACAACAACAACAACAACAACAACAAUAACAACGACAAAAUUGAAGACUUGAUCCUAGCAUGUCCUCACUGCGACCGCACAACCGCUCAAGUUCUUGGCCCUACUUUGUUCAUCAUUUACGUCAACGAUUGCGUGAGUGAACUGGAUUGUGGUGUCGCCAUGUUUGCGGAUGACAUUAAGCUCUGGAGCGUCAUUCGAACUGCAGAUGACGAAGAGCAUCUGCAGGCGAACCUAAAUCGACUCCAACAGUGGUCAAGGGCCUGGCUUCUGCCGUUCAACGAGAAAAAGUGUAAUAUUCUACGAGUCGGCAGAGCUCGCUCUCCGAACCAUAUGGCCUACUGCCUAAAUGGUAUACCACUGCAAGAAGUGGACUCGCAGAAGGACUUGGGAGUAUGGAUUACGACCUCACUCAAACCCUCGCUGCACUGCACGAAGAUAGCCAAGUCUGCAAUGUCAGUCCUCUACCUUGUCAAGCGGGCUUUCUCUGCCUUUGACGAAGACUGCUUCGCUAAAGUCUUUCGAACUUUUGUGCGUCCGCAACUAGAAUUUGCUAUCCAAGCUUGGAGACCCUGGACCGCGAAGGACCUCAGCAUCCUUGAAAGGGUUCAAAGGCGUGCAACGAAACUUGUGGCAGGACAGGGUUCACUACCAUAUGCAACGCGGUUAGCUAACCUUCAUCUCUUUCCCUUGAGUUACAGGCAGUUACGGGGUGACCUGAUACAAGUCUUCCGUAUCAUACGCGGUCAGGACUGCAGCCUCAUACCGGGUGACUUCUUCGAGUUAGCAACCACCACAAAUCUACGAGGCCAUCCAUUCAAACUACGUGUGACAGGGGCCAGACUGGACACACGAAAGUUCUUCUUCUCCAACAGAGUGGUAGAAGCCUGGAAUGCCCUGCCUGUGGAUGUCGUUAUGUCUGCUUCCGUCGAGGUUUUUAAGAGGAAGCUGGAUUUGUGUAGCAGUGUGCACUAA